AUGAGUAUUACUAAUGUGUCACCCCUUCAAGAUCUUGGCCAAACCCUUUUUGCAUUGUAUGCAUAUGACAACUUUGAUGACAAUCUCAAAACCAGUGCUUCCACUAUUGAACUUUCUACAGACAGUCUGAAGCACCUCACAUCUGGCCUGUUAUUUCCACUGCAACAUGGGGUUUCUCAGGUCAACCUCAAGUGCUCACAUGCCCUUUGGAAACAGUUUUAA